UGUGCAAGUGUGCGAGCCCCGAGAGAGUGCUUUUAGUUGGCUUCCCUCGCGGCGCUGCUCGCACAUCUCCAUCUCCAUCUCCAUGGAGCCCCGGUUAUAAUUGAAAUGGCGCUCGUGGCCGCGGGCAGCUCGCCGGGGCGCUUUCCCGCUCCACACCGCCCGUCCGCACACGUCAUUCGCUUUUAAGGGCCUGCGGGAAAACUACGCGCGCACAAUGCGGGAUCCCGGCGACUGAGAAGGGACCGGAGCGGAACGAGGGGAGAACGGCUCGCGGAGUCUCGCCGCUUCGAGCACGAGCGUUUCUUUUACACGCACUUUUAUCAACAAGUUAGAGCGCGCGUCCGCCGAAGGAGUCAGACGGGCACUUUACACUUCGCCUAAAACGCCCGAGCAAAUAUUAUUGUAGCACAUUAAAUCAGACGAAAUGACAGUUAUUACAAUCUGAUCUGCCCAUGUCGCGCGUUCGUCUGAGCGACACGAGGAUACUUCUGGUUCGGAACGGCAUUACUAGAACCGCGAUUUGACACCGUGACAAAAGCUCGCCUGUUCCUUCUAUUUUGUUGCUUUAUAAUAGAGGAUAAAACUCAUGAGUGAGCCCGCUCUUGGCUCAUCCUACUUAUGUGGAGGCAAAGAGGAGAAGGAGCGCGUUCUUGCCGCUGCGGAGAGCCCGGGCGCGGCUCACUCGAGCUAAUUGUGCUCUAAUCCGCGCCCAGAGGCACUCCGGAGCCCCCGGCCGCUGCUCCUCCAGCGCCGCUCUCGCUGGGAGCCGAUCGCUGGCUGCCAGCCUCCUGCCGCUCGGACCCACUUCACUAGGGGAAAGAGGGAGCGCGGCGCCGGACACAGACAGAGCCCGCAGCUCGAGCCUGGUGCCCCGGAGAAGGAAGGAGCGCUGCCGCCCGGAUCCAGGAAGGACGAAGCAUGUCGCGUCUGUCUCUGACCCGGUCACCCGUGUCUCCCCUGGGCGCACAGGGAAUCCCUUUACCAGCCCAGCUGACCAAAGCCAACGCCCCCGUCCACAUUGACGUCGGGGGCCACAUGUACACCAGCAGCCUGGCGACUCUAACUAAAUACCCUGACUCAAGAAUCAGCCGUCUGUUUAACGGCACAGAGCCCAUUGUGCUGGACAGCUUGAAGCAGCACUACUUCAUUGACCGGGAUGGAGAGAUAUUCCGGUACAUCCUCAGUUUCCUGCGCACCUGCAAACUGCUCCUCCCAGAUGACUUCAAGGACUUCCACCUGCUGUACGAGGAGGCACGGUACUACCAGCUGACGCCCAUGGUCAAGGAGUUGGAGCGCUGGAAGCAGGAGAGGGAGCAGCGAAAGCUGGCACCGCCCUGCGACUGCCUGGUGGUACGAGUCACGCCCGACCUGGGUGAGCGCAUCGCCCUUAGCGGCGAGAAGGUGCUCAUUGAGGAGAUCUUUCCCGAGACGGGUGACGUCAUGUGCAACUCAGUGAACGCCGGUUGGAAUCAGGACCCCACGCAUGUCAUCCGCUUCCCGCUCAACGGCUACUGCAGGCUCAACUCGGUGCAGGUUCUCGAGAGACUCUUCCAGAAGGGCUUCAGCGUAGUGGCAUCAUGUGGUGGCGGCGUCGACUCAUCCCAGUUCAGCGAGUACGUCUUGUGCCGCGAGGACCGACGCUCUCUGCACGCCAACACCCCCCUCAGAAUAAAGCAGGAGCCCCUGGACUAGAGGCAGUCGCAAGAGAGGGCCCCUCGGCACAGCCAGCGCUCCAGGAGGACAGAAACACGCUUGCAGCCCCACGUCCGGAACAAGACCCCAAACACAAGCAGGCGCCCUGCUUCGAUCCAGCACCUCGACACAGGAGCGUCCCCAAUGCUGUGGCUCUGAGACUUUGAGGAAGCAUGAGGAUGUGCUCUUGCACCCAUGUACCUGGACUCUUUGACCCUCCCCCCAGGGCCUCCCUUCAGUGCAUUCCAGUGUGCCGUGCCGUCCUGUCCCCGUGGUGCCUGUGUGUGACCGUAUGUGACUAUGUGUGAACUUGUUCGUGCCACUGAAAGUGGGCGGAGCUUGUGGAUAGCACUGCAUUGUGGGCAGAGCCACUUUGUGAGGUGACCGUGCAUUGAGCAUGUGUUUCCAUACGGGUGGAACCAGUGUCACUCACACUUUUGUUCUGAGAGGGUUGUAUCACUUUGCUCCACCAUAGUAAGUGAUUCCUGCAAUUUCUUUAAUUUGUGGGUUUGUUUUUGAAGUGGUGCACAUGGAGGGUUUCUACUUUCCACUGUCAUUUGUUCUGAGAAGUUCAGCAGGAGCUGCAGAAACAGAACGGCGAUAACAGUGAUGAAGAUGAUGACGGAUGAUGAGCUCUUGGGGCUGCAUAGCUGAAGCUGUAUGCUUGCUAAUGUGUUCAAAGCCAGAGAAGGUGUUAAAGCUUGUUGGCAGGGAUGGAGGUGUUUUCUCUGUCAUUAUUUCUGGUAACAUUUCUAACCCGCUUGAAUAAGGGCGUCGCUACAGUAAAUAGGACAGGAAAUUACCGUUCUCCUGUAAGGAGCACUAAAGUGAACGUUCGUCUUCGACACACUGUUGUCCCGCAAAACAACAGUAGACAUUAACAGCGUAAUUCACUUCUCACAUAUGCCAUUAGGAUGACUGUGCAGAAACAUAUGACUUACAGCAAUUCACAACUUUUUAAAGAAGUUCAUUCCCGUAAGAAACCGUUUAAGUGUGAAUAUGUGCCAAACACCUUGCAUAUCUCUAACUAUCCCUAUAAAACACAUUUAAUACCACAGGACAAAAAAAAAAAAAAAAA